UAAUGCAAAGCUGAAAGUACAAGCAGGACGGAAAGUGAAACCGGGCACAGCCCCCAGUAUAAGACUCCCCUGACCUGGGAGAUGGCUGGCCAUAGAGGCUGGGCCCUGCCAUGGGCCAGAAGGCAGGCGACCUUGGCUGGCGGCUCAGCCUUUUGCUGCUCUCUUUGCUCCUGGUUCGAGCUGGUGUUUGGGGAUUCCCAAGGCCGCCAGGAAGGCACCCUCUGAGCCUGCAGGAGCUGCAGAGGGAGUUCAAGGUCAGCCUCCAUCUCUCCAGGAAACUGCUCUCGGAGGUGCGGGCCCAGGCCCACCGCUUUGCCGAGUCUCAGCUGCCAGGAGUAAACCUGGACCUCCUGCCCCUGGGACAGCAGCUCCCCAACGUUUCCCUGACCUUCCAGGCCUGGUGCAGUCUCUCUGUGAGUGGGGGGCUGCAGGACGCAGAGCGCCUCUGCUUCCUCUCCACCACACUUCGUCCCUUCCAAGCCCUGCUGGGAGGGCUGGGGAGCCAGAGGAGCUGGGCCAGCUCAGAGAGGAUGCAGCUGUGGGCCAUGAGGGUGGACCUCCGCGAUUUGCAGCGGCACCUCCGCUUCCAGGUGCUGGCUGCAGGACUCCACCUCCCCGAGGAAGAGGAGGGUGAGGAGGGGAAGGGGCUGCCCCCAGGGGCUCUGGGCGGCCCCUCCCAGAUGUCAGCCCAGGUACCCUGGCCCCGGCUCCUGUUCACCUAUCAGAUGCUGCACUCCCUGGAACUCGUCUUGUCUCGGGCCGUGAGGGACUUGCUGCUGCUCUCCCAGGCUGGGAACCCAGCCCAGGUCUUGGGGUGUGCUACACUGGCUGGCUCCCGGCCCCAAGGGGGUGGUUUCUAGCCUCUCUUCAUCUGCGAGGCUUUUAAGACUGGAGCCUGAACCAACAGGAGA